GUGACCGAAAGUGAGGGCGGGGCCAGUGUUUUCCGGACAGGCUGAGCCCCUGGGCACAUGCGCACUUACCUACUCACCAUGGAGGAGUACAGAUUCCCCCUGAUGCUCAUUGCCAUCUCCAGCCUCUCAUUAGUAAAUGCUGAGAAUUCCACCACACCAGCCCCAUACAAGCUCUCGGAGUCGGCACGGCUAGCCGCCAUCAUCGUUCCCUGCGUAGUGGGCGGCCUUAUUCUCAUCGGCAUCCUCGCCUUCAUCAUUAUCAAGAUCCGAGAGAGGCGGCGGACGGAGGGAACCUACCGACCAAGCAGCGAGGAGCACAAGGAACCCCGCGUGGAGCCCAACAUGGCUCUCAAACUGCCCCCCGAGGAGAGGCUGAUAUGAGGGACUCUAGGAUGGAUUCCUACCCACUUAUUGAUUCACAGCUGACGGGGGAGGUCAGACGGUGACACCAGAAACGGGUCAGAACCAAGCAGGGGUUUCAUGUGACUCCAGAGAUGGGUCAGAACUGGGCCUUACACACCAACAGGGGUUUUAUGUGACUCCAGAGAUGGGUCAGAACUGGGCCUUACACACCAACAGGGGUUUUAUGUGACUCCAGAGAUGGGUCAGAACUGGGCCUUUCAUGUGACUCCAGAGAUGGGUCAGAACUGGGCCUUUCAUGUGACUCCAGAGAUGGGUCAGAACUGGGCCUUACACACCAACAGGGGUUUCAUACGGCACCAGAAAUGGGUCAAAACUGUGCCUUACACACCAACAGGGGUUUCAUACCGCACCAGAAAUGGGUCAGAACUG